AUGAGUGUGUUGAAAGCGUUACCAUCCAAGGCUAGGUUGGCAGAGGUCAGAAAAACUUCAUUUAGAAUAUUUGAUCAGUUUUGGAAUCCUAAUGCAAAAAGAAACCCAAAUAAAAUAUUAAAAGCACCUUUGAAAGGUCCAGAAUAUGUGAAGUAUUAUGGUGACAAUAAUGCUGUGCCUACAUUCAGUGAUUUCAAAAUUUGGUUUCCUCAGUUACAGCUAGUGGAUCCUAGAGAAGCACAUAGAGUAUUCAUAGUUGCAGACAGAAAAAGAAGAAAUAAGGGUGCUCCUAAAAAGAAGAAGCAAUGA